CCCACAAAACCACCUAAACGCAGAUAAUGGCGGGAAAAGGAUUUCCAUUCCGGAGGGAAAAUCUCUUCAACUUCUUCCUUCGCCGACGCGUCUCGCCGGAGAUCUGACGCAUAUCGCUGGGGAUUCUAUACUUAUCUCCGGAGAAUAGAUGGCCGAUAUCGAAACCCUAGGUAUUCUCGAAGAGAUCGAAGCCCUAGUCUCCGAUAAGCUUCAAGUGGUUUCCUACAAGUGGCUGAGUCGUAGUUUUUUGGUGACAUCAAAUGUGGCAAAAAGGUUGCUUCAUGAGUUUGUUGAAAAACAUGGAGGUGGGUUGGAAGUAGUAUAUACUUUGUCUGGCUGGUUGAAGAAUGAUCCUCCAGUUUACCAUAUAAGGCUUGUUUCUGAACCUAAACUUGCAGAAGCAAAACAGGAAUUUGAUGGCCAUUGCUCGGUUCAGGUUUAUAGUGUGCAAGCUUGCAUUCCAAAGGAUCCAGCUGCACUUUGGAAUGCUGAAUUUGUGCAAGCAGAAGAGCUUUUUAAGCAGCCCUUCGCAGUUGAUAAUUGCUUGAGAGAUAACAGGUUCUGUGGAAUUUCCAAUUCUUUUGUCAAGCGCAUUGCUGAGGGAGCACCUGUCAGCAAUGUGGCUUCACAGCCCAAAACUACAGGAUUGCCGGGUCCAUCCAAAAGCAUUUCUGCACCUCAAACCAUAGCUGUUCAACAGCCUCAGGAAAGAAAAGUACAGCAAUCAAGCCCAAAAGUCAGUUUGCAGUCUCCCAGUGUGGUAACAGAUGUCAAAGAUGAAAGUAAUGGCACCAGAGCUCAUGAUCAAGCUAGCAAGCCUCCUGCAGAUAAAGGAAAAGCUCCUCCACCGCCUGCUAAUAAAAAGAAAGGCCAGAAUGAUAAAAGUUCUGGAACUGAAGGCUCAUUGGCAAAUAUGUGGGGGCGUGCAUCUGUAAAGUCAAAGCCCAGUUGUGCCCCAGUGGAUGUUGUUAGCGCAGAAGCUCAAAUUUGUGCUCGUGAAGCUGUAGAAGGUGCGAGCAGUGAUGAAGAUGGUCAAGAUGCCAAUUUUAAGAGAGCCUCCAAUGGUGAUGGUGGUAGAAAGAGGAGAGUUGUUUUUGAUUUCUCAGAUGAAGAAGAGGAGUUUGAAGAUGCAGUCAAUUUGGCAUCACCAGAUCCUCCAAAAGGGAAAUCAUGUAUAGUUUCAAAACAAAGUCCUAAACCUUUGGUUCCUGACAAAAUCAAUUUGAAUUUUGACCAGCAAAAACAAGAUAAACCAAAGGUCAAGGAAGAGAAAUCAUCUAAUAGAGAAUCUAACCUAUCACCAAGGGAAGAUUCUUCAGUUCUCAGCAAAGGCAAGAACAAUGGGAUUUCCUCUUCAGACAAGAUUGCAGGUGGAGUUCCUGAAAUUGAUGUAAAUAAGAAGGAUAAAGUGACAGAUGCUGCUCCGAAUUCUCCUAAAAGAAGGAAAGUGAUGAAAACACGGAUAGAUGAGCGUGGGAGAGAAGUAACCGAGGUAGUCUGGGAGGGUGAGGCAGAGACGAAGAAAGCUGACAGCAAUGAGACAAAGAAAUCUGAAAAUAGUAUAGUCACCAAUGCGGCUAACAGGCCCCCUCCUGCUAAGAAAUCGCCAGCAGUGGGAAACACCGCCCCUUCUAAUGCAACAGGCAAAGCAGGAAGCAAGAAAGCAGGAAAUUCGAAAGAUCCUAAGCAGGGAAAUAUCAUGUCAUUCUUCAAGAGGGUUUGAGGGGAAAAUCUUUGGAACUCAGGCAAGUACCCACUGUCAAAGGAGGCUCCUCUGCAUCUUACUGAAUCUGAAGUUUCUUAAAAUACUAGUUGCUCUUGUAAUUUAGGGUUCUGCUUAGUUUCUUCCAUUUUUGUUUUUUUUUUUUUUUUGCUUUUUUCUUUUAUAUUUGUUAUCUUCGUCAUAGUUGGUCUCCAUCCUGGUUGGUAUUUAAAGCUUGUUAAUGGUCUUAGUAAUUGUAUUUGCCCUUGUUUUUCAUGCCAUUGAUUUGAACG